UUACUUCCCAACUUUAUUCUAUUCAUAAAUUUCCGAAGAAACCCAAUUUCCAAAAAUUCCCAAAGUUUAUUCCUUUCUUUGAAAAGAUGGGUUGUUUUAGCAGCAAACAUAAACCGUCGGAUCCUCCUUCAAUGCCAACAACACAACCAAAACAAGUUCAAACCCAGGAAGUAUCAAUGCCUCAAACAAGACAGCCCCAACAAGUUCAAACCCAGAAAGUAUCAGUGCCUGAAGCUCAAGUUCCACAAACAAGGCAACCCCAAGCAGUGUCUGUCCCUUUGAAGCCUUCAGCAGCAAGCACAAGGCCAAUUCAAACAAUGGAAGAUACAGUAUUAGGGAAGCCAUUGGAAGACAUUAAGCAAUACUACAAGCUUGGGAAAGAACUUGGUAGAGGUCAGUUUGGGAUAACUUAUUUGUGUACUGAAAAUUCAACUGGUAACACUUAUGCUUGUAAAUCGAUAUUGAAGAGGAAGUUGAGGAGUAAACAAGAUAGGGAAGAUAUAAAAAAGGAAGUUCAAAUCAUGCAGCAUUUGUCUGGUCAACCAUGUAUUGUGGAAUUUAGGGGUGCUUAUGAGGAUAGGCAAUCUGUUCAUCUUGUAAUGGAGCUUUGUGCUGGGGGUGAGCUUUUUGAUAGGAUUAUUGCUGAAGGACAUUACUCUGAGAGAGCUGCAGCAGGUAUUUUUAAGUCGGUGGUGAAUGUGGUUCAUAUUUGUCAUUUCAUGGGAGUGAUCCACCGUGAUCUUAAGCCUGAGAAUUUCUUGCUGUCUAGUAAGGAUGCUGGAGCUAUGUUGAAGGCCACUGAUUUUGGCUUGUCUGUCUUCAUUGAAGAAGGGAAGAGAUAUCGUGAUAUAGUAGGUAGUGCAUACUAUGUUGCUCCUGAAAUUCUACGACGUAGUUAUGGAAAGGAAGUUGACAUAUGGAGUGCAGGCAUUAUUUUGUAUAUUCUACUUAGUGGUGUCCCUCCAUUUUGGGCUGAAACCGAGAAAGGAAUAUUUGAUGCCAUUAGUGAAGGAAAACUAGAUUUUGAAAGUCAGCCAUGGCCUUCAAUUUCUGAAACUGCCAAAGAUCUAGUGAGAAAGAUGCUAACAAAGGACCCGAAAAAGCGGCUCACUUCUGCACAAGUUCUUGAGCAUCCUUGGAUGAGAGAAGAUGGUGAAGCAUCAGACAAGCCAAUAGGUAGCGCGGUUCUCUCUAGAUUGAAGCAGUUUAGGGCAAUGAAUAAGUUGAAGAAGCUUGCGUUGAAGGUUAUCGCAGAAAAUCUAUCUGAAGAAGAGAUUAAAGGUCUUAAAGUAAUGUUCACAAACAUGGACACAGACAAGAGUGGCACAAUCACCUAUGAAGAACUGAAGACAGGUUUGGCUCGUCUUGGAUCAAAGCUCUCCGAAGCUGAAGUAAAGCAAUUAAUGGAAGCUGCUGACGUAGAUGGAAAUGGAACUAUAGACUAUAUUGAAUUCAUCUCAGCUACAAUGAAUAGAUACAGACUCGAUAGAGAUGAGCUCCUAUACAAAGCAUUCCAGUAUUUUGAUAAAGAUAACAGUGGGUACAUUACAAAGGACGAACUAGAGACUGCUAUGAAGGAGUAUGGAAUGGGUGAUGAAGCCAGCAUCAGGGCUGUAAUCUCUGAAGUGGAUACCGAUAAUGACGGGAGAAUUAACUACGAGGAGUUUUGCACAAUGAUGAGAGGUGGAACACAACAAACUGAAAAAGCUUUUUUAGAUACUAUUAACAGUUCCAUUACCUAGCAACAACUGAGUCACUGAAGACUAAAGCGAUUUAACAGUGUUAGCCGGCAUAGAGCACUCAUGGCGGAAGGUAUGGGUUGGAUAUGGACUCAUAGUCCAGGAUAAGUUCCUUUUGGGUCCUUAGCUAAUAGCUAUCCUGGUUCUAGAAGUGGGCACUUUGUGAAUUUGAGGGUAUAAACUAGAAUUGAUUUAAGUUGCAGUACUGCUUGUGUAUAUCUAUUUUCUGGAAUAAAUUGCCGAUCAGUUUUCAAGUUCAACUAAUUUUUCAACCUUUAAGGCGAUUCUUUUUAUCUUAAUGAAAUCGCUUACAACUCUA